AUGAGUACAGAUCUAAAAUCGAACAGAGCAGUCAAAUCAGGUUUUGCUCACGAAGCCAAUGAAAAGGUUCAAUCUAAAUAUGAUGUUGAACAAGCUCAAGAAGCAUUACAAUGGAUAAGCGAUCUGACUGGUGAAAAUUUUGAUACAAGCGGACAAAAAGAUAAUUUUUAUCAACAACUGAAAGAUGGAAAUAAAUUAUGCCAAAAUAUGGCUAAAGUUGAAAUAUCCGAAACAGACCGUGGUAAACCAGCACUUCAAUUCGAAGGAUAUAGAACUCCACAUUCGCACGGUCCAGAUCCAGAAAAAUUUGCUGUUGAAAAAGUUGUUGUUGAUAUGAAAAAAAGAUGUGAGCAUCAACUUCCAUACGCUGCUUUUCAAGCAUCUAGUCAAGUUGUCACUGAUCCACAAAUGACAGUCGCAAUACCCAGUUUUGAAAGUCUUAGGUCUACAUUAUAUCGAUAUAAAGGAAAUAAAAAUGAACCACCGACACCAACAUCGUGGCGAAAUCUUUGUAUUCCAGAUAAAUAUGGAAAAUUGCGUAUAGGAGAAAAUUUCUUACAAGUUCAAAGUUCAGGAUAUGUGGUACUCGGGACAGAACACGGGCUUCGUUUCUUGUUUAAUGCUACAGAAGUCCAUGUUGAUGGCAACUUUAAAGUUGCACCAACGUCACAGGCCGGUGGAACACCUUCUUACAGAAUUAUUCUCAUUUUUCGGUCUAUUCUAUAA